AUAAAUGCUAUCCAUUUGCUGUUCUGAAUUAGGGGAAGAGCUCCUGAUGGUAGAUGCUUGUUCUGGUUACAUUUCCUUAGUGAAUGAGUUGGGGCCUUAAUGCUUUACCUCAGAAUGCAAUGAUCCAUUAGGAGAAACAUUUCCAAGAAAUGGUUUGAUAAAACCCUGAGUUCAUUCAUGUAGUUACACUGAUAAGAAAACAACAGUUAACUCUUCAGAAAGGCAGAGGAAGUUCCUUUAGUUUUAAUAUACAUUUGCUCUGCAGCCUGUUUCACAUUCUCAGUGGCAAGUACAUGAUCAUUGCUGCUGCUGGCUCCCAAGCAAAAUGAAAUCACACACUGUGUUUGCUAUAGCUGCUUUCUUCAGGCUGUAUUUAAGUGUUGGGUGGGGGAUACAAAAUGAAAGAGGCUGAAAUGGGCUUAAGUUCCUUGUUGCUUAAAGGAAUUAAGUAUGUUUCUGAACACUGUAGUUUACUUUUCUUAUUUCUUAAAUUUUCCUUUCCAGAAAAUGGCUGUUCCACCUGCUUAUGCUGACCUGGGCAAAUCUGCCAGAGAUAUUUUCACCAAGGGAUAUGGUUUUGGGUUAAUAAAGCUUGAUUUGAAAACAAGAUCUGAAAAUGGAUUGGAAUUUACAAGCUCAGGUUCAGCAAACUCAGAAACAAACAAAGUCAGUGGUAGUUUGGAAACAAAAUACAAAUGGGUGGAAUAUGGAUUGAUGUUCACAGAAAAGUGGAACACUGACAACACACUAGGCACUGAGAUUACUCUUGAAGAUCAGCUUGCACGUGGCCUGAAGCUGACUUUUGACUCCACCUUCUCUCCUAACACUGGGAAAAAGAGUGCUAAAAUUAAGUCGGGGUACAAAAGGGAACACAUCAACAUUGGCUGCGACAUGGAUUUUGAUAUUGCGGGCCCUUCAAUACGUGGAGCUCUGGUGCUUGGUUACGAGGGAUGGCUGGCAGGCUACCAAAUGACUUUUGAGACAGCAAAGUCUAGAGUAACCCAGAGCAACUUCGCUGUUGGCUAUAAGACUGAUGAAUUCCAGCUUCAUACUAAUGUGAAUGAUGGAACGGAAUUUGGUGGCUCCAUUUACCAGAAGGUGAAUGAUAAACUGGAAACUGCUGUGAAUCUUGCUUGGACAGCUGGAAAUAGCAACACUCGCUUUGGAAUAGCAGCCAAGUAUCAGAUUGACCCAGAUGCCUCUUUUUCUGCUAAAGUGAACAACUCCAGUCUGAUUGGGUUAGGAUACACUCAGACUUUAAAGCCAGGUAUCAAACUGACAUUGUCAGCUUUGUUGGAUGGCAAGAAUGUCAAUGCAGGGGGUCACAAACUUGGUCUAGGAUUAGAAUUUGAAGCAUAAGGAGUGAUUUCACAAUUGCUAAUCUGAAAAUACAGCAUAGCUACCUUCAGAAAAUAGUGUACCUUUCAAUGUUUUGUCUGGGGUGCAAGUGUUGCUGCUAUCUGUCCUGCUAGUCCUGGCUGAAGACAGCUAAGCUUUAAAAAUUAUGUUGUUAAAGAAGUGGAGACAAAAUCAUGAAUCAAAAAUCCUAGCUUUUUUUCUUUAUGUAAUUGCUCAUCACAUCUGUCAACUGCCAUGUGAUAAGAAGAAGGAAAGUGUUGAUUACCUCUAUUAAUAUAUUGAUGGCACAAGGAAUGUGUUAAUGUGUUAUAAAAUCUGGGAAUUGCAUACCACUAUAUUGUACUGUUCACUGUGUAAGCAAAAUGUUCUGAUACCUAAGGUUUCAGUCAAUGAGGGAAUGUGCAAACUUGUCUGAAAAAGGGAUUUUAAAAUUUAUUCUUUUAGAUAUGUGUUUCAUCAAUGCUUUGUCUUACUUGGUUAUCCCACACCUACUGCUGUCUCCAGAAUGCUUUAGGUUGUCCACCUUGUUGAAGUCCUUGUGGAGGAGGUUUGAUGUGAUUCAGCCAAUACUGCCUGUCCUGUGUUGUGGUUCCUUCCCCUUGCACUGAUGGAAAAGCUUUUAACAUGGACAUAAUCAGGGAAGAGUCUUGCAACUGCAAUCGUAUAGUUGCAUCACUAAUUCUAAACCAGAGUUUUCUUUUAUUACCACUUUUUUUUAGCAACUAAAUGGGUGCAUUUCUAGAGAGUCUUCCAUUUUGUGUGGAACUAGACCCCAAAAUGCUGUACUUGACACUACUAAAAAUGGAUAAAAACCCCAAACUUGACUUGAAUAAAAUAUUGAAAUGUCAUCUUUUACUCUGUCUUUAUAUUAAUUGUGAAAAUAAUUUCAUCUACACUUGUGGCUCCAGCAGAA